CUUGGCUGCAGUGUCCAGAAAUGUUAUCAUUAUCAGAAAGAGCCGGAAGGUUGAAAUUGAUAUAAUUUAAUCAGUUCUUGAAUUAUUAUUGCACGUGCAAUAUUCGUGGAUAAUAUCGCAAUAGAAUUUAUUGGCUGUUAAAAAUGACAUUAACAAACAGUAUCGUAUUUUAUCACUUUUUGUUUUUAAAUAGUUGAUUGUUAAUUAAAUAAAGGAAGCAAUGUAAUUUUACUUGUGAAUUUUUUUUUCAACUUAUGUUGUCCAUCGUUUGUUUAAUAUAAUAUAACGACGAUUUAAUUUAUUUUUUUUUUCCGUUAGAAUUAUUUACACUCGAUGACGUUACCCGAAAUUGAUCAUAAUAAUACAGCACAAGGAUUCAGAGAAGGUGCUAUAGGUUUUGUGGCUGGAAGUGUUGGAGCUGUAGCCCUUGUUUAUGUGGGACAACCUUUAGACACUGUUAAAGUACGUAUGCAAUUAGAACCUCAAGCUUACCGUGGAAUGGUUGACUGUGUACUUUCAGUAAAAAGGCAGGCUGCAAAAUCUGUUCCACAUUACCCAUAUCGAGCAUUUGUAAGAGCAUUGUAUGUUGGGACUACACCAGCUUUAGUCGCUAAUGUAGCAGAAAAUUCUGUUCUCUUUGCAACUUAUGGUGCUUGUCAAUCUAUAGUAGCACAUACAUUAGGAUUACCUGGAAUUGAUCAUUUAAGCCCUAUGGCAAAUGCUGUUGCUGGAAGUUUUGCAUCUUUUUUUUCAUCUUUUACACUUUGUCCUACAGAACUUAUAAAAGUUCGGCUUCAAGCAGCUGAUACUUCUAAUGGUAAUGGUAUGAAAGGUCAGAUAAGUGCAGUACGCGUUAUUCAAGAAAUAUUUAAAACUGAUGGCUUUAAAGGUUACUACCGAGGAUUUGGAUCAACAGUAGCUCGUGAAAUGCCUGGAUAUUUUGUAUUUUUUGGAGCAUAUGAAGGAACUCGCAAACUACUUUUACCAUCAUCUACUGAAGGUGUUCCUAAUCAACAAUGCAGUCCUCUAGCUACAAUGGCAGCAGGUGCAGCAGCAGGAGCUGCUCUUUGGACAACUAUAUAUCCUGUUGAUGCAAUUAAAUCACGAAUUCAGGCUUGUUCUUCUGAUAACAAAAUUGCUAAGACUACAACAGGUUCAAGAAAUAAUAGUGUUAAAACUCCAUUUUUUGGAACUGUGUUGAAAGUAAUACGGCAAGAAGGCAUUGGGGCAUUGUAUAGUGGUUUAAAACCAACAAUAGUACGUACAAUACCAGCUUCUGCGGUUAUGUUCCUUGCGAUUGAGUAUACUAAAUCAUUUUUGAACAGUUUAUUUUGAUAUGCAUUUGCUGUUAUAAAUAUUAUCCAUUAUCUUCCAUUAUCUUUAAGAAUUCUGUUAUUUUGUUACCUAAUUAUUAUUAUGAAUAAUACAUGUAGCUAUUAAUAUUAGUUAGCUAAUUAUUAGCAUACUUUUAAGUUUAUUUUUUUUAGUAGUACUUUGUCAAUGACAAUGAAAAUUGACAAUAAUUUAAUUAAAUAUUAAUAGUAUAUAGUUAAAAUGUAAUCAUUUUUUAAUUAAUAUAAAUCAAUUUUUUUCCUUAA